AUGCAAAAGGAGACGGCCCAGAUAGUACGGUUUUUCAAGACGUACAAAAACAUCGUGGAGCUUCCGACCACUCCAGAAGGUUUUGCAACCGGCGAGUUUCUAAACAGCACGCAGUUUCUGAUCCAGGCGUACCUAUCCAAGUAUGUGCAGGGGAGAAAAAGCAUGCUGGAACUUACAGGGUGCGCGCACAGCUUGCUGGUUGGCAUGAUGCGCGAAGAGCCCGUGUCCCCCAACGGCGGGGGCGCUGCAUCCGACGCGUUCAAAAGGCUUUUCACGCCCGCGGAGGACGGAAGCAAGGCCCUUGAGUACUUCGAGCCGCUCAAUACGUUGGCGUACACUCUUGGCAUUGGAGCCAAUUUUCCGUUCACUGAGCAGUGUUUGCUACCAGAAUAUAGGGGCGUUCCUUUGUACGACAGAGCGGCGAAAGCGUUCACAAAAGACACUUUUUCCAACUGCUGCGAGGCUGGGAUUCUUUCGCUGGUCUGCUGUCUUGCGUACAACCCGGAAACCGGCAAAUACGACAUGGACGGGCUUCUAAAGGGCUGCCCGGAUCCGGCUGCGGCGCAGGAUCUGAGAGAGUUCUUUUCCAGCACUGCAAUUGCUCCUAACAACAGCAUUACACUAGAUGUGCUGAAAGAGUGGACCAAAGUGGUGGCAGACCUUCCUUGCGGCAAAAUAGCGUACAAUCACAGUAAAAAAAACAACAUUAAAACCGGGCUAGGAAACACCCUGUACGUUAUUGCGCAGAUAACAGGCCGCAUGGAGGCCGAGGAGAAAGAGAUAGACCGCCUUUUGAGCCAAGUGACCCCCGACUCCCCAAUUACUAUAGAAAUGGAACUGGCUAUUGAAGAGUAUCUUAACACAUUUUUUGUUUCGCUUUCGGUGAACAAGAACCUGAAAGUGCGUAUGCAGAACCUCACCGGUAUCUUUAUGUAUAUCUCCAAGGAGUCAAAGCGCAUAGAUUUUUAUGGGUCUAUGCGUUUAGACUACUUCCAUGGCGAGAAGAACACACCAAUCUGGUUUGUUAUGAAGCUCAGUGAUGGCCACAUGGCGUAUUCUGCAAAUUGCGGCACCGGGCUGACAGAUGAAGACGUUUCGGUGCUAGAGGACGCCGUCAUAAAAUACAGAGAGGACAACACCUUUACUUCGUGCCUGCUUGCGCACUACAUCGAAAGGAAAGUGCUUACAAAAGCGCCGGGGAGAAAGGAAAUAGAGAAUGACAAAAGGCUGUGGAGAAUGCUGACUGACGCAGCAGAGUCCAGCCCCAGAAACCUGAACAGGCUGUUUCUGUACGGCCCCACGCUUACUAUGCAUGAAAGAAAGAUAGCUGUAUCAUGCCUGGUCCUUUGUAUGAAGAACCAUGGAAUCGAAUGCAACAUGCAGCACCCCAUGGCCCGUCUCAUCCACAACAUUGUUGGCACCACUCCGAAUCUACACACCUCCAGAAGCUGCAAAAUGCUAGGCAUCCUCGUAUCUGCUGGGUUUUUUGAUACGCUCUGCCCCAACAUUCAACUGUCGGAAAACGCUAAGAAUAGUGCUUUCGAUGCGUUUCAAGCCUUGCUGCUUUUUUAUCUUGAGGAAAUCAAUUUUUCUACCGACUGGUCGUUAGUUAUACUGGAUCAUUUUAAAAACUAUUCCAAAAAGAGAGCAGGCGGUUUGACGUUUAACCCCGCUAUAAAGCUGGAUGUAGAUGUUGGAAGAAUUUUGGUUGAAUUUCUUAAGCAAAACACAGCAGAGCACGUUCGCUCGUUUUAUGAGCUUAUAUACGAGGAUGCACAAAACAAAAAAGCAGAUGCAAAACGGGAGAAUAGGGUAAUCGGUUACCACUUUGACUCGUGUGUGGAGUCAUUGAGAAACACAUGGCUUCUUUGGUUCCUUAAGUAUGCCAUAUUGAAAAAGCCGGACCAAGUCCAGCUUAUCCACGACCUGUACAGCCUUGUUCCUUUAAAGCUGCAGCUAAACUAUCCAGUCACAUACUUUAAACCUCUUUUCAAAAAACAUGAGGACACAGUAUUGGAAUACUUUAGAAAAAACGUUGACGCUCUUGUGAAAGUCGGCGGGCAGGAAAGGUUUAACACUGUGUACGCCGCCUUCGCGCCAGAAAAUCAGUUUAAUUAUCUGCCCUAG